UGAAUACGAAUUUGUGACGACAUCGACGUUUCAUUAUUGGACGGUUUGUUGUACGUAACCCAGCAACAGGCCGCGCAGACUUGCCCAGUCUCUGAGCCGCUGUUCACGUGCGAGCACUUUCGUUUCAGUUCCCGCCCAACGCUUGGGCGAUCCGAAAGUACGACCGCGCGUCUAUCCGCAUCACGCGUACUCUAAACUACGGAAACACCACAAAAAAACUUCCAAAACUCUGCGUUCUUGUCGCGAUAGCCCUCCGAAUAACAUGUAAACGGGUUGAUGUGUGUUAACUAACUAAAUGAUUAGCGUAAUCGUCAUGAAGGAUGUUCGCAGUCGUUAAAUAUUCAUGAUUGUAUCUCAACACUACUCGAGAUCUGGCAGCGUAUUCGCCUCAAUCAACAGUGAUUGAUAAGAUGGAGACGGAUAAAAUGUCGACGGCCUCAUCUGUAGGCGCUGAGAGACGGCCUCUCCUGCAGGCGCUGGUGAUUGAGAGACGAAUCCUAUUUGGCUGCACAGUAUUCUCAGGACUGUGCACAUUUUUAUGGAUAACUGCCGUCUGUACUUCAAAAUGGGUUCACAUAGAUGCAGGAAACGGUAUUCCCUUACCAGGCAGAGGUGGUUACCUAAUGUGGAGUGAUUCUGGAGUUUGGGCGAUUUGCCGAUAUGUGUUCCAUCCUAAUAUUACUACGGUUAACCACACCGUGAUAACUACACCCAAACCUCAAGAUAUUGGUAGCUUGACGGGAUCGUAUUCUACAUUAUGCACAAAUUAUCUCUCACAGCCAGUUAUGGAGAACGGUAGACCGGCUGAUCCAGCCUAUGACGUGAAUAUAGCUAAUUAUGUUCGCACGAUGAUAUCCUUCGGUAUUAUCAGUUUGUUCGUGAUGGCGAUGGGCUGUGGUUUCUCGACGUACACUUUCCGCAACCCUCGGUAUAUGUUCAAGCGGUUGGCCGCCGGUAUCCAUUUCAUUAGCACAUCGUGUACUUUCGUGGUGGUACAGGUGAUGAUGUCUUCGGUGGAUCACAUGAAGAAAAACUUGAAGUAUGUGUACCCUGAACGAGCCACCCACAACUACCACAUCAGUUUCUUUCUUGCCUGGUUCGUGGUUCUCAUUAAUCUCGCUGCUGCCGGCUCCUUCCUCUGGUACUCAAGGAAGAGAAAAGGCGACAAAGCAGCCACCGAUGAACUCGCCAUGGCCGACGAACCCACCAUCAUCGGGCGAUGACGUCUUUCUCAACUUCAAGCGAACUGCUUCGCGAGAUAGCUUCCUCAACUCUCUACUGAACAGUGCUCAAAUGACUAAUAGCUGUAACGAAGACCAAGUCUUCGGUGCACGGUAUGAGAAACAAUCGAGUACGCGUCACUUACAUCUCUCAGACAACUGACUGAUUCUAUUACCUUGGAGUUAAUGUAACGUUUAUAUUACAACGCCUUGUUAAUCUUAUAAGCGACGGAAAUAAUAACUUUAUUGCGACAUUUUUUUUUUUUAAUUAUCAGCUUGCAAUAUUUAUAAUGUAAAAUACGUAUUUAGAUUUUAAUGUAUUCGCUGUCUUAUGGGAUUAACGAAGUCAAAACCGACUGCAGUGUUUUUUUUAUAUUCGUCAUAAUAAUAUUGUUUGCAUUGUUUGUAUCUACACGUACCUAGAAUGUAAAACUUUGUGCUGUCAUGUACUCGUAAACAUAUUCGCAAACUGAUUCUAGUCAUUAUUAUAUUUAACGCAUUACAAUUUAUAGGAAUCACUUCCGUAAUUAGCAUUGAGUAACUAUAUACUUGUAGUUGAAAUAUAUGAAAAACUAGAAUACAUUUACAAGCAGGGAAACCAGUUUCAUAUAUUAAGUCAAUAUAUUAUCAAAACAUUAAUUUUGAGACCCGUGAUUCACAUGGGUAAAUAUUUUAAAAGAGCAUUUAAUAAUAUUCUAUGCAAAUGCUCACACGUAAGAACAAAUCGUAGGGACCAAGUUUCGUUGGGAAAUGAAAUAAUAUGUUCAAAGCUUUAGGGAUAUUUGAAUUCGUUAGAAGUUAGAGCCAGCGUAAUAAAAUCAUGUAGGGAUGUUAUGGAGCUCUUAAAUCGAUAAUUAUGGGAAAUCUGAAAUAAUUUAAACCGAAAUACAUUUACUCUUUAAACAACAAAGCUAAGAAGAAGGAUCAAAUGAACGUUUUGAUUUUAUUACAAUAUCAUUCAUGCUGUAUAUUAUAAAAUAUAUUAUAUAAAAUAUUAAUCUCUUUUACGUCUCUAUUUUGAGUUGUUAUAUGCAGUAUUGUAAUGUAUUGUGUUUUAAUAUCCCUACAAAAGAUCACGUAAUCAAUAAGAAAUAAAGAUGUAUUUGUUGCAUUAUUUUAAAUUAUAAUCUGUACUCGGAGUAGCUGUUUUUGUUAUUGUUAUAUUAUGUUUUCAAAUUGUUACCAUGUUUAAAAAAAUUACGGAAGUUGUCCUAAGAAGUGGUAUUGUUUAUUCCAUUGUAUUAGCAUUAUUGUGUGUGUUGGUGUAACGAAUGUACGUUCUUCCUAUUUAUAAAUCUUUUUUAUUGAAUAAACUCUUGGAAAAUAA